AUGGAUUUUGUCGCGGUCGAGCGAUUUGGUCGGCCAAAUUCGUUUGGCCGAGAGAAUUCGGCCGAGGCCGAUUUGUUUCCCGGAUCGACCGGCACGGUCGGUCCGUUCCGAUACAAAAUCGGCCGAUCGCGGCCGUUUCUUUCCCUGUUCGUGCGUCGCGCGAACGGUUUCUGUCGCGCGAUAGAUCAAUCCGGCCGAGCAGCCAUUCCUUCCCGGCUCGACCGUACGGUGGAAAUUUGCUCGGCCAAAAUCACUUUGCGCGUCCGCGGCCAAUGUUUUGGCGCGGAUUGUGUUUUCACACCUUUUUCUCCUUCUAUCCUAUCUUAA